GGUGUGUAUAUAUAGAUAUACAGUAGUGUAUACAAUCGGAAGAGCUAUAUAAGAGCUUGCGCCUUGCACUUGCGCUAAGUAUCAAAAGAUACACGGAGUGCUUUUCCGUGCGAGCCUCCGUGUUUAAGGGUAUAUAACCAAACAUGUGUUUUUAAAAACUUCAGGCUUUUCCUCAUAAUGACCUAGGCACUUGAAAAAUGUUUAAAGAUUCUUUUUUGAAUUGGAGCAAACUACCAGCACAUUUCAUGGUUGGGUAGAUGUUGUAUUUGUAUUACUGCCUAAGAAUUUACCCAUAACCUUUAAAGUCUCUAUGUUUUCUCUAAAACGAGCUAUACAAUGUUGAUUUCUAAAUUUAUUUAAAGUAAAAUUUAAUAAACAAACAUGGAUAAUACAUGGCAGCAAACACUUCGUCUGAUAGUUCGUCAAAACAAAACGUUUAGUUUACGUGACAAAGAAAAAAAUGAAUUUAAAAUAAUGAAAUAUUUCACCGAUGACACCACUAUCAGAAAGCAACUAGUCUUCUGGCUUCACAGUGUUGAGCAAAAUCAAACUUCAUACAAAAAAAAUAUCCAAAAAAGUGAAGAAUUAAGAAAGCAAGGCAAUAAAGAAUUUCAAAAUAAAAAGUAUCUCACAAGUAUCAAAUCUUAUACCUUGAGUUUACAGUAUGCUCCAUGGGAAAGUGAAGAUUUACCUUUGGCAUUAGCUAAUAGAUCUGCUGCUUUAUUUUAUAUGGAAAAAUAUGAGGCCUGUAUCAAAGAUAUCGAAUUAGCUUUAGAGUACGAUUAUCCUAAAAGUAUGUUGUACAAACUAUAUUUACGUGCUGCCCAAUGUUACUUAAAAUUAGGUAAUAAAAGUUGUAUGGAAGAAGCUCUACGUAAAGUUCAUGAAUGCCUAGAAAGUAAUAGUAUAUUUUUGAGUUCAAAGAAAGAGAGUAUAGAAAAACAGAUAGAUAUGUUAUUAGCAGAAGCUAUAAAAAUAGAAGAAACUACAAUUUGUUGUGAUGAUGAUUGCAAACUGCCUGAUCCUGCAUUUGGUGAAAAUCCAGAUUUUCCGAAUGCUUCAGCUGCCUUAGACCUAAAAUUUUCUGUAGAUAAAGGUCGUCAUGUUGUUGCAAAUCGAGAUGUACAAAAAGGUGAAGUAUUAUUUGUGGAAAAGCCAUUUGCUUUUGUUUUAUUAGAUAAUGAAUACAGUGAUGCUGUUUGCGCUAACUGUCUCAAGUUCAGAGGUGACGUUCCAGUUCCUUGCAAGUUUUGUGCGAGCACGGUGUACUGCACAGAGCAAUGUCGAAAAAAAGCUUGGUCAACAUACCAUCAAUGGGAAUGUUUUGGUAAUCAAAUAGGAAUUUGGGAUCAGAUAGGAAUUGCUCAUUUGACAGUAAGAACGUUUUUAAACUGUUGUUACACAGACGACACAAAAAAAUUUAAUGAGAUUCAGCGCCUAGUCACUAAUAUAGAUAAAAUAGCAACUCAAGAUAUGUUUGUAUAUGGUGUUUCUGCUCUAAUGAUGACACUGUAUUUAAACAAAUUCACGAAUUUCUUCAAGUCAAUCAACAUUUACGAAAAACUUUAUAAAAAGUUUGAUAAUAAAGAACUUAAUAUGUAUAUAUUAUCUGAAUUCGUACCAGAAAAAUGGACUGAAGAUCUUAACUUUGUUUACAUUAGUGGAAUACUUUUAAGACAUAUGUUACAGUUGAUUUGUAAUGGCCAUGCAAUUACAAGACUGAAUAUUAGUGAUUCUGAAUCUGGAAAUGUUGUUACAGAAUAUCAGUGUAGAAUAGCAACUGCCAUAUAUCCCUCUGCAAGUAUGAUGAACCAUUCUUGUGAUCCAAACAUUAUUAAUAGUUUCAAAGAUCAAUAUCUUAUUGUCAAAGCAACAAAAGAUAUUGCAGCCAAAGAAGAAGUUUUCAAUUGUUACGGACCUCACUAUAGACGAAUGAGGAAAAAAGAUAGACAAAUAGCAUUGCAAAAUCAAUAUUGUUUCACAUGUGAAUGUGAAGCUUGUACUCAACGUGCCUUACAGAACUUUUCAGACAAGUUUCAAAGAUUUAAUUGUGAAGAGUGCAAUGGCCCUGUUGAAAUAAUCAGUCAUUCAUCCAUGCGCUGUCUUGAUUGUGAAACAACUUUUGAUUUAGUUAAAAGUCAAUUACUCGAAUUAGAAGAGGCUAAUAAACUUUUUGAAGCAGCUAAAAUAAAUCUCAAAUCUCAAAAAGUAAAAGAAGCUUUAGAAAAUGCAAAACAAUGUCUUGAGAUAAGAAAACGCAUCCUAUAUGAAUAUCAUGAAAGUGUCACAUUAACUUAUGAUUUGAUUGGCAAAAUAUUUGCAGUGACAGGUCGAUGGCUGGAUUCCAUAUCGCAUCUGGAGCACAGUCUAGCUGCGGUGGAGGAGAGAUUUGGUCCCGACAGUAUAGAACUUGCCAACGAGCUCAACAAAAUUACGGACAUCUGUAUUCAGUACUUACGCGAGGAAACCAACACAAAUACCAAACAAUACAAGAACAUCCUGAAGAAGACCCGUCGGCUGCUGAACCGCGCCGAGGAGAUUUUGAAUUUGAACUACGGGCCGUGGAACGACGCCUGCCGCGAAAUAACCGAGAAACAAGUGGAUCUCGUGCCUUUGUUGGCAAACUUGAACUUGUAAAUUGUCGUCGUCCACGGCCCACUGCCAGCUGCGUGACAAGCUGAGGAGCUGCAUUCCAAAUGCCGUCAACCGAUUCUUCCUAGUUGCUGCCGUUUUAUCGAAUCGGAAUAAGUAAUUUAAGCUUAGAUAGGCGUUCAACGAUUCUCCUCGCUCCAUACUUGCUGAUGUUAAUACACACAUACACACACACACGUACUCUUUUGAAUAGAAGGCUUUGUAAAUUGUUUCAAGGACAAGCAGUUGAGUAACGCUCUUUUCAUUUCAAGUUUUUUACUUUAUGAUAAUAAAUAUAAGGUUCAACUA